GUAGUAAAAAUGUAGCAACAACAGCCACAAGCAACACAGAAAAGGAAAAAAGGAAAACAAAAAUACAAGACAACGAAUCUAAAAGGAAAUUUUUUUGAUACCACAAUUCUUUGUUAACAAAAGGAGAGCAAAGCCAAAGUAAUAGAAAACAAAGGAGAAGAAAAGAUAAGAAAAGAAAGCAGCUGGCAAAAACAAAAAGAAAACGAGCGAAGAGAGGAAAUUACACUUGCCACAAAAAUUAUACCACAAAAAUUCAAAAGGAAACAACAAAGAGAGACAAAGAGAGAGAGAGCGAGAGCGAGAGCAAAAGAAGGGAAGCAGAGCAAGAGCAAGGACAAGGGCCAGUGCGAGUGAGCAAGACACCAGGACAGGAGCGUCCAUCAUCCACUAAUACAGAUGAAUAUGUUACACAGUUUCAGUGGCGGCGGCGCCGGCAGCGCUGCCAACGUCACAGGCGACGUCAACAGCGCGGAAAGCGAGCUGAAGGAGCGGCUGAUAGCCAGCGUUAAGAAGGAGGUGAAACAGCUGAUGGAGGAGGCGGUGACCAAGAAGUAUGUGCACGAGGAGAGCAGCUCGGUGACCUCGCUCUGCGGCGCUGUGGAAGCCUGCCUGAGUCAUGGCCUGAGGCGGCGUGCCUUGGGCCUGUUCAAGACCUCAUCUACCACGGCACUGAUCCAGAAGAUUGCAAAAAUCUGCCCAGAGGCAGACUAUGUUAGCCGGCGCCUGCUGGAACUGGAGCUCGCCCAGGAGAGUCAUGCGGUGAGCGGCAAGCGCUCGUCCUCCAGCAGCGACAGCAUCAUCAAGCCAAAGCUGCUGAGCAAGGGCAGCGGAAGCAGUAGCUCGGUGACCACCAUCAACACGGUUUCCAACGGAGCGGGCAGCGGCGGUGGUGCCAGUGGGGCCGGGAACAUUGCCCCGCUGGGCAAGUACCUUUGGAUUCGACUGGCCCUUUAUGAAAAGCGACUGGCCAAGAUUAUUGAGCAUUUGGUGGGCAAUGCCAGCAGCUACUACGAUCGCGAGGCCCUGGUGGCCGAUCCGGAUUAUGGUUCGAUCCUAAGCUCGCUGCUGGUGGGUCCCUGCGCCCUGGAGUUCACCCGGGCCAAGACUGCCGACCACUACUGGUCCGAUCCCUGUGCCGACGAGCUGGUGCAGCGUCACAGGAUCAGCUCGGGCAACCGGACACCGCCCACCACCCACCGGCCCAUUAUCAACUUCAAGCGCAGCCUGCACACCAGCUCCGAGGACACGAGCAGCGGCAGCUUCAAGGCCAGCUCGCCGGCGAGCGUGGCCAAGGAUUAUGUGGAGUCACUGCACCAGAACUCGCGCACCACCCUGCUCUACGGCAAGAACAACGUCCUGGUCCUGCCCAAGGACGUGUCGGAGCCAAUGCCGGGCUACCUGAGCCUACAUCAGAGCGUUCAGUCGCUGACCAUCAAGUGGACGCCCAACCAGCUGAUGAACGGCUACAACGACAGCGAUGGCGGUGACAAGAGCUUCUUUUGGGGCUACGCCCUCAACAUCAAUGUGGAUGAGAUCGUCUACGUCCAUUGCCAUCAGAAUCGAGGCGGUGACACCGGCGGCACCAUCAUUCUGGUGGGCCAGGACGGUGUCCAGCGUCCCCCUAUCCACUUCCCCGAAGGCGGUCACCUGCAGGCCUUCCUUAGUUGCCUGGAGACGGGUCUCCUGCCGCACGGCCAGCUUGAUCCGCCGCUCUGGUCGCAACGGGGCAUCGGGAAGCUCUUCCCAUGGCCCAAGAGCGUGCGCCGGCACAUCCUUCCCUCGGUUAUGGAGGCGGGCACCUCCGCCGAUGAGACGCCCAUCGAUUAUGUCUUCCGUGUGGUCAGCAAGUGUCAGCACGAGGAAUUCCUGGCCACCCAUCCCAUCCUGGAGCUGGGCCGGUCGAGUCCCCGGAGAAAGCACCUGGGCAGCUGCUCCACCACCGGCAGCAGCGAUUGCUCCAGCAAGAGCCUCUCGAUCGAUCAGAGCAGCUGCGAGACCCCCCUGAUCCAGGCCAGCCAGAGCACCAGCAUCGAACUGGUCUGCUCCACGAUGCGCCGCCAGAUCAUCUCCAGAGCCUUUUAUGGAUGGCUGGCCUACUGCCGGCACCUCUCCACGGUGCGGACGCAUCUCUCCGGGCUGGUCAACGGUCGCAUUAUGCCGGACUUGGCUGCCGACGAGGAGGGUCUAACCCGUGACAAGUGGCUGGCGAUGCACGAGGAUGGCGUUGUUUCCAGCGAACUGGAGCUGUAUCGACUGGUCUACUUCGGCGGCGUUCAGCCCGAUCUUCGCAAGGACGUGUGGCCCUACCUGCUGGGCCACUACGCCUUCGGAUCCACAUCGGAGGAGCGACGGAAGCAGGACGAGACGUGCAAGCACUAUUACGAGACCACAAUGAGCGAAUGGCUGGCGGUGGAGGCCAUUGUGCGUCAGCGGGAGAAGGAGAAGACUGCCUUGGCGGUGGCCAGGCUCAGUGCCGAGCAGGCUCGCCUGGCAGCCAACUCCAAUCCCAAUUCCAACGGCCUCAAUUCCCACGAGAAGCUCACAAACGGCAGUCGCCAGCUAGAGCUGGAACGGCAGCAGAGGAACGGCAAUGGGGAGACGGAUCACCUAACUUUGGACGAGGGCGAAAACGAUGUGUUCGAUGAUAAUGACUUUUCGGAUAUAUCCGAUCCGGGAGAUCUGUUUGAUGAACCGGAAAUGGCCAGGGAAGCGGAAGAGCAAGACCCAAAGGAGGAAGGCCACGAUCAGGAGGAGGCUGUGGUGCCGGAGGAGGAACAGGGUGAACGAGUUGUGCCCCAGCUCAGUGAGCAGUUGGUUCUCGAGUUCCAGAAUAUCGACAACAUGGAACCGCUACGCCUCCAGGAGAACUGCUUCGCGGACUCUGAGACCGAGAACGAGUUCGGCCUAAGCCUGGAUGGCAGCGGCAACAUUCUGAUGUUGAGCAUCAAGAGCUCACCCUCCACCAGCAGCUAUGAGACGGUGGGCAACGAGUUUGUCGACAUGGCCGAGGCCAAGCUGGAGGAAGAGGAGCCGCUGGGACAGCUGAGCAAAUUCCACAGCGCCGACGAUGUGAGGUUGGAUGAACAGGAACAGGAGCAAGAGCCAGAGCAGGAGGAGGAGCACUCGCAGCCCGGCACUUCGGUUAUCAUCACAGAAGCGGCCUCGCUUGACGCCCUAAACGACGACGACCCCACCGAGGAGUUUACCUCUCGCAAGACCAGCCUGAUGUCGCCUCUCAACGAAGACAUCACGGUGGUGGCCUCCCUGGAUGCCCUGCAGGAGCCCAAGUCCGCCUGUGUCUCACCGGCCAGCUCCAAUGGCGGCGUCUACAGCGUAGAGCUGCUCGAGCAGUUUGGCCUAAAUCUGCACAGGAUUGAGAAGGAUGUGCAGAGGUGUGACAGGAACUACUGGUACUUUGCCAACGAGAACCUGGACAAGCUGCGCAACGUGAUCUCCACGUACGUGUGGGAGCACCUGGACGUGGGCUACAUGCAGGGCAUGUGCGACCUGGUGGCUCCGCUCCUGGUCAUCUUCGACGACGAGUCGCUCAGCUACAGCUGCUUCUGCAAGCUCAUGGAGCGGAUGAUCGAGAACUUCCCCAGCGGAGGAGCCAUGGACAUGCACUUUGCCAACAUGAGAUCCCUCAUCCAAAUCCUCGACUCGGAGAUGUACGACCUGAUGGACUCCAAUGGGGACUACACGCACUUCUACUUUUGCUACCGCUGGUUCCUGCUGGACUUCAAGCGGGAGCUGGUCUACGACGACGUCUUCGCCACCUGGGAGGUGAUCUGGGCGGCCAAGCACAUAGCCUCCGGUCACUUUGUCCUCUUCCUGGCGCUGGCCCUCCUGGAGACCUAUCGCGACAUCAUACUCUCGAACAGCAUGGACUUUACCGAUGUCAUCAAGUUCUUUAAUGAAAUGGCCGAGCGCCACAAUGCCCAAUCGAUCCUGCAGCUGUCCCGGAGUCUGGUCCUCCAGCUUCAGACCAUCAUCGAGAACAAGUAGAGUGUGAGGUUUCUCCAUAAGUCCUUCAUCCAUUGUCAGUUCCUGGACUCCUCAGUUUGCGACCUCACUUCCCCGAUCAGUAUUGAGCCUGCGAUGUACUAAGUAGCCAGCACCUAGAUCAUAGAGUUAUAGACGUAGCGUCGUAGUGUCGUGGCUUAGAGAAUUGCAUAUAUAUACCAUACACCCCUUGACAUAUAGCCCCAGCAUACAUAAAAAACAUAACUUACCUGCACACCCUAGAGAUUGCAAUUAGGCUGAGGCUCUCGCUGAGGUUUUUUGGGAUGUUUCCCGUAAUCCUUAAUGGUUUUUUUUUUGUGGAAAACGGCUGGGAGUUGCUUAGAAGGCGACAAAUGUGUUUAAUGAAAACUUUUAGAGAAAAUAAGGAAAUUAAGGAAAUUGUAGUGACCUGAAAAAAAAAGAAAACUAAAUGCAGAAGAAGGAAAAGUGAAUAAGUGGAAUAUCGAAAAUCGAAAAUCAAGUGGAAAUCGAACAACGUAAAAGAUAAACUAUUUAUACUUAUACAAAAUAUAUACUAUAUAUAUACUGGUAAUAUUAUAUAGACACUAUAUGUGUAGAGGCAGUUGCAUAUUUAUACGUUUUGUAUAUUCGAUUGGACGACGGAUAUUUGGGGAUAUUGUAUUAGAUAUCAUCUAUAUAGGGCAAUGCUGUGCGGCUGCGAUAGCGGCCAAUUGUUGUUACUGUUAUGUUAUCGAUCUGGCAAGUAA